UCCUCCAAAUAACAACAACAUGGCCACGCUCCCGAGGUUGGUUGCUGCGGCAGUAUUGUUAACGCUGGUCUGUGCAGUGGAUAGAAAUAACUUCAAAACAUGUCAACAAAGCAGUUUUUGCAGGCGUCACCGUGCCAUAAAACCCGGAGAGAGUCCCUAUCUCCUCUUAACUGACACUGUUAGUGUAACGGAUGAGGGAGUGUUUGCAGAUGUGCUGAAUGAGAAAAAUAGAGUAUUUUUCAUUCUUGAAAUAUACCCGCUUAAAGACUCGACUCUUCGCAUCAAGAUCAAUGAGAAGAAUCCAAUCAAGCAGCGUUUUGAAGACCCAUAUGCUUUAACUGGUGAUGGCCAGUCUGAGACGUUUGAAGUGGUUGAUCGCUCGUCAGAUGGCUUGACAGUAAAGUUUGGGACAAAUCGUGCAGUGGUGAAAGCCAAGCCACUAAAGAUUGAUGUAUAUAAUGGAAAGGAGCUUGUAGUCAGCACCAAUGCUCGUGGCCUCCUGAAAUUUGAACACUACCGUAACAAACCAGAGAGUAAUGACCAGCCUGCUGAAGGAGAGGACCCUGGAAAUGCAUUACCACUGGAAGAUGAAGAUGCCAAUGGGCUCUGGGAGGAGACGUUUAAGGGUCACACAGACUCCAAGCCUCAUGGUCCUGCCUCAGUGGGCAUGGACAUCUCCUUUAUUAACUCCAAGCAUGUCUACGGGAUCCCUGAGCAUGCAGAUUCCUUCUCUCUUAAGGAAACUACGUCAACAGAGCCAUACCGUCUUUACAACUUGGAUGUUUUUGAAUAUGAGCUGGACAAUCCAAUGGCAUUGUAUGGAUCAGUUCCAGUAAUGUUGUCUCAUACUCCUCGUCAGAGUGCUGCUGUCUUUUGGCACAACACUGCAGAGACCUGGGUUGACAUAAAGAAACUACCAGACACCAAUGUUGUAUCGUCCAUCACUGGUUUCUUCUCUGGUGGUGACUCUGAUCCCCCUCAAGUCUCAACUCACUGGUUCUCAGAGUCUGGUGUAAUAGACCUUUUUAUCAUGAUUGGCCCACGUCCCAUGGAUGUGUUUAGGCAGUAUGGAGCUCUCACUGGGAACUACAACCUUCCUCCGCUGUUCAGCCUUGGGUAUCAUCAGUGUCGCUGGAAUUACAAUGAUGAAGAGGACGUACGUCAAGUGAACGAGAACUUUGACAUCCAUGACUUGCCAAUGGAUGUCCUCUGGCUUGAUAUUGAACACACAGAUGGGAAGAGGUACUUCACUUGGGAUCACAACAAGUUCCCACAUUCUCUGGAGAUGAUCGCUAACUUGACUGCCCGUGGUCGUAAGCUGGUUACCAUCGUUGACCCUCACAUCAAACGUGACAACAACUAUUUCUUCUAUAAAGAGAACCAUGACCGUGAUCUUUUUGUACACACAAAGGAUGGGAGUGAAUUUGAUGGAUGGUGUUGGCCAGGAUCAUCAUCAUACCUCGACCUGACCAAUCCAGAAACUCGCAGCCAUUAUAGUGACACCUACAUGUUGGACCGCUACAAGGGCUCAACUUUGGAUACCUUCAUCUGGAAUGAUAUGAAUGAGCCUUCAGUGUUCAGCGGUCCUGAAGUCACAAUGCAGAAAGACAACCUUCAUCCAGGUCUCGGGGUUGAACACCGGGAGAUUCACAAUGUCUAUGGAAUGCUGUUUCAUCAAGGUACAUUUGAAGGGCUUUUGCGUCGGUCAGAUGGUCGUAUAAGGCCAUUCAUCCUGACUCGUGCUCACUAUGCUGGUACACAGCGUUCCUCAGCAGUAUGGACUGGAGACAACACUGCAGACUGGGGUCAUCUACGUAUAUCAGAGCCUAUGCUGCUCUCUCUCUCUGUAACGGGCAUUACACAUGUGGGUGCAGAUGUUGGUGGAUUUUUCGGCAAUCCAGAUAGUCACCUCCUAUCUCGAUGGUAUCAGGCAGGAGCAUUCCAACCAUUCUUCAGAGCCCAUGCUCAUCAAGACACCAAGCGUCGUGAACCGUGGAUGUUUGAUGGGGAAACGCAACGCAUUAUUAGAAAUACUCUUCGUCAGCGAUACCAGUAUCUGCCUCUUUGGUAUACUCUCUUUUAUGAAAAUGAGUUAACAGGUGCUCCACCAAUGAGGCCCAUUUGGGUCGACUUCCCGGAGGAUGAAGCCUCGUAUGCUGUUGAUUAUGAGCAUCUGGUUGGUUCGUCACUUCUUGUUCGACCGGUUGUGGAGGAGGGAGCAACCACAGCCUCUGUGUAUUUUCCACCAGGAGUUUGGUAUGAUGUAAUAGAUUUAACAACGUACACUGGCCCAGGCAGCGUCACUGUUUCUGCACCAAGAGAUAAGAUCCCAGUUUACCAGAGAGGUGGAACCAUAAUUCCCCGCAAAGAUAGAGUUCGUCGGGCCUCUUCCCUCAUGCGAGAUGAUCCAUACACACUGUCGGUAGCCUUGGACUCCUUUGGAAAGUCUCAGGGAACUCUAUACAUUGAUGAUGAACACACCUUUGAUUACAGACAGGGAAAAUUCCUCUAUUUAGCUCUUGCAUUUGAAGGUGGAAUAUUAACCUCGAAGAAAAUUGAUCCAAUUGGCAAUUACAAGACGGGAUCGUGGCUGGAACGAGUCAUCAUUGUUGGACUUGAGAAACGCCCAGCUAAAGUUACUAUACAAAGUGCAUCCCUAGGUAGCCGUGACUUGGAGAGCUUCUUUGAAAGUGGUGGCGGUGCCCAUGCUAGUCAUUUAACCAUACGGAAACCAGGAGUUAGCAUGCGCGAGGAGUUCACCAUCACGAUCCAGUGAGCCAGAGCUUUCAUUAGACAGUUUUAACAUUUGUAGUGUUGUUUAUGGAGGGAUUAUGCCACUAAACUUCUUGUGAAGAAGUUUUAUUAUUUUGUAAGUACAGGUACUGUAUGUGGGAUCUAGAGUUUUGAAUGCUAAUGUAUAAGAGUUAAAAAUUCUAUUUAUUCUUCAGUAAACAUAUUUACAGUAGAGUUGUUGAAAGUGGUUGUGUAUUGUCACAAGGUAAGUUCCCAUUUCUACAUUAGAUGAAUGUUAGUUGUAUUUGAAAAUUUUUUACACAUUAAAAAGAUGCAUUUUAUAACAGUA